AUGGCCACAGACAAAAACACCGUCGAAACAGUCACCGAAGCAAUACCCAUCUAUCUUCCUCCUACUGCCUACUCUUCUUCUUCCUCCUCCUCUGCCAUUCAGGGUGACUCCGCUCACUCUGGCAGCCUGGAAUGUUCGUUCCCUUUUAGACAAUCGGAGGAGCAAUCGACCGGACCGGAGGACUGCACUAUGGUUCGAGAACUGGUGCGCUAUAAGGUGAACAUCGCGCUUUCCGAGAGACCCGAUUCUCCGAACAAGGCCAGCUGGAGGAAAUGGGUGCCGGUUACACCUUCUUCUGGAGCGGUCGCACAAGGGCAGAGCGAAGAGGCAAGGGUGUCGCAUUUGCAAUCCGGAACGACAUCGUGAGACGACUGUCCCGUCUGCCGCAGGGCAUCAACGAUCGCCUGAUGAGCCUCCGCCUGCCUCUUUGGGGAGGCAAAUUCGCCACCAUUAUCAGCGCCUACGCUCCGACGAUGACCAACCCGGACGCCGUCAGAGACAAAUUCUACGCGGACCUGCACGCCCUUUUGGCGACUGUGUCGAAGGCGGACAAGUUGAUUGUCCUUGGUGACUUCAAUGCCCGCGUCGGCACAGACCAUACUGCCUGGAGAGGAGUACCAGGUCCCCCUAGUCUCCGCGAAUCCAACGACAAUGGCCUGUUCCUUCGUCGCACCUGCGCAGAACACCGCCUCAUCCUGACGAACACAUUCUUCCCACCUUUCAGAGCAAGAGAAGGCCACCUGGAUGAAUCCUCGAUCGCGUCAAUGGCAUCUGCUGGACCAUGUUUUCGUCUGGAGGCGAGACCAGCGGGACACGCCAAUGACAAAGGCGAUUCCGGGUGCCGACGGGUCUACCAACCAUCGCCUCGUCAUCUCGAAGAUCCGCAUUCGCCUACGGCCUUCCAGGAGACCACAAGGUAAGCGACCCCCAGCUAAGGUGAAUAUUGUCUUGUUGUCGUUGCUUGCUCACCUUCCCCGUUUCACCAACGGCCUAGCUCAACUGAUAGGCAACCCUCCAGUCGCUUUCGCCGCCGCUGACGGGAACGCCUCCGUUGAGAACCGAUGGUGCUAACUGCUGGGCACAUUUCAGUCGACGAUGCUGGCCGUCUUCUGUCGAGCACGCCGCCAACAGCCGGACUGGUUCGAAGACAAUGACACCGCCGUCAGCAACCUGCUCGCCAAAAGGAACCGCCUGUACAAAGCCUACGUGGACCACCCUACCGAUAGCAACGGCGCUGCCUCGUACAACAACGACUGCGCGAGAGGCAGGACGCCUGGACGGCUUGAAGGGCUGAGGAGAUCCAAGGGUACGCGGACCGCAACGAAUGGAAGAACUUCUUCUCCACGAUCAAAGCUGCCUACGGUCCUCCGACCAAAGGAACUUCUCCUCUCCUCAGCGACGACGGCAGUAACCUCCUGACUGAGAAUACACAAACUUUUCAGCGAUAGGCCAAGCACUUCUGGGGCGUCCUCAACAUUCCCUCCACCAUCUUCGACGCCGCCAUCGUCUGUUUGCCGCGAGUGGAGACUAACCUUGACCUCGACGCCCUCCUCUAUCCACGAAAACAUCAAUGUCGUGCAACAGCUCUCUGGCUGGAAAGCACCCGGAUCGGACGCGAUCUCUGCUGAAGUCUACAAACACGGUGGCCCCCAACUAAUGGAUCACCUGACUGCGCACUUCCAGGAGAUGCAGCGCCAAGGAAAAGUCCCGCAGGACUCCACAGACGCGAAAAUCGUGCAUCUAUACAAGCGGAAAGGUAACCGCCAGCUCUGCGUCUAUCACCGAGGCAUCUAUUCGCUGAAUAUCGUCGGGAAAAUCUUUUGUGGUAUCCUCCUCAACCUCCUGAAUAAUCAGCUAGAACAGCGUCUUCUGCCGGAAAACCAGUGCGGCUUCCGCCUUCAUCGCGAGACCACGGAUAUGAUCUUCACCGUUGGCAAUAUCACGAUAGGAAGUUGUGAGCUUAAGUUGAAAAACGACAACAAAUAACAAACACUGUUUGCAUUCCAUAUAUCCUCACAGGCAACCAGAUUGGCAAGUUUCAGUGUCGAUAUCAGGAGGGCUUGUUUAUUUCUAUAUAACAUAAUGAUAACUGAGUCGCUAAAUGAAGUCCCACGCCCACCCGUAAUGCGAGUCGACAACUCUUUUUUUACAAUGACAUCAUGUUUAAUGGGAACAGUCUGCGUUGCUUGAGGUUUCAGACUCUGAACAUGCUUCUGUCAUGGAACAGCCGGCUUAGUAUUCUCAUAACUGUUGUGCCCAACCUCUUUCAUAUCGACUGCAAGUUUGUGCACUCUGCUAAUGGCUGUUUGAUUGUGGUUGCGGACGAUGUCCACCGUGUGCUCUAAAAGAAGGUGAAAGCAUGCAUGACGACUUGCUUGUGAACUACUUUGUAGCGAAAGUGGACUUUCACAACAUCUAAUGCACUAUCUCCUCCCCAGCCGACCCUGGUGUCAAGACACAGUCAAGACCGGAGGUAGAGGAAAACGCAAGUGGCUGGCACGGCCGGGCCCUCACCUUGACGUACUACCACACUCCUUGAUCCGCAACAAACACUAAAGCAGUAGUUAAACCAACAAAAAACGGAUAGCACAAGUUGCUGGACAAUCAUGCACAAGGCGUGUAUACUCAACGGAAACGCAUCUACGACAGGAAGUCAGAUGUCAGGGAACUGCCAAUGUACACCAGGCUACGAAGGCCAUGUUUUCCUGAAUCAUGAUAUGGCAGAUACGCACAAUCCUUGAAAUCCAGGAGGGUACGAUGCACACGUUCUCACACUUGUCAUUUUCUGUCCCGUCUUCUAAAGGCCGUUCGGUGAGUUUGCUCAUAAAUAUUUCACUUAGCACUCAGCUAACAUAUACCUACCUGGAAAAAGAUGAUGGGACAAACUGCAUUGAAAAAAGCAUGUUUAAUCAGCCACAAGAUUGACUGUGACAUAUGGUCGCUGAGACCCUCUUUUCAACUGGGGACAUUAACAUCUGAUGGGUGAUUUAAUUAGAGUGUUCAGCAAUCUUGUGCAGUGUCAUUACUCGAUGUUGUUGUUGUUGUUGUUGUUGUUGUUGUUGAUGAUGAUGAUGAUGAUGAUGAUGAUGAUGACGACGAUGAUGAUGAUGAUGACAAUGUUCGUCGUAGUCGUGGUCGUGGCCAAGCAGGGAGAAACAGUCAUGUUCUCAGUCUGCUGGCUAGUAAGUUUAAGGUUUCACUGUAA